AUCAAAAUGGCAGACACAGAAAAUGGUGAAAAUGAGACCCAUGAUGAGGAAUCAUCCAUGUUGACUCAAGGAAGUGCUGGGGAUGCAACCAACAUAACAGAAGACAGCGGUGUUGAAGAUCCUGAACUGGAAGCCAUUAAAGCAAGAGUAAGAGAAAUGGAGGAGGAAGCAGAAAAGUUAAAAGAAAUGCAGACAGAAGUUGACAAACAGAUGAAUAUGAGCUCCCCAACGGCUGCUCCUACAGCGUCUCCUUUUCCAACACCGGAAGAAAAGCUGGAGGCUGAUCAGAAAUCUAUUUAUGUUGGAAAUGUUGAUUAUGGUGCUACUGCUGAAGAAUUGGAGCAGCAUUUCCACGGGUGUGGCUCAGUGAACAGAGUAACCAUCUUAUGUGACAAAUUUAGUGGCCAUCCUAAAGGGUUUGCCUACAUUGAGUUUGCUGACAAAGAUUCUGUCAUCACUGCCAUGGCGCUUGAUGAGUCGUUGUUUAGAGGGAGACAAAUCAAGGUUGUGCCAAAGAGAACCAACCGACCAGGCAUCAGCUCAACCAACAGACGGCCACGGGGUCGGGGGGUGUCACGAGGGGGCAGGGGUCAGUACUAUGGAGGAUUCACACCAAGGGGACGCCGGCCAUACGGGAGGUUUCGCAGAGCAGCAUAUUACAGCCCAUAUUGAGUAAAAAAAAAAUUUAAUAGUUACAAAGAGUCAAUGAUAGCGAAGGUACAUUAAAAAGGACCGGUAAUAUUCUGAAUUUGUAGGGGAUAAAUGUUAUCUGUUCUGUAAUAAUUACUGUAAGCCCGAAAAGAGGUAUCUGAAAAGCAGCCCCCCCUCCCACCUCUCCCCCAAAAAGAUGUCAUCAUUUAACUCAAGUAACAAGGCACAGUACUGAAAAUAGUCCUUUUUGUUCUUCUGUGAAGGAAACGGCAUUAAAAGCAGUAUUGUCUUUGAUAAGAUGUUGGUAAAUUUAGCCAAUGGAGUUUUGAUUCCACACCUGAGUUGACAGUUGGUGGUUGUGAACAGGAAGCUUGUAUUUUAAAACUAUUUGUCAGAGUGGCUGUGCAUAACAUUUUGAGCAAGAUUCCAGCGAGGCUUGAAAUGUUUGCUAACCAGAUUCCGUUCUCUUUCAGGCUUGCAUCAGUACCCUAGGUGCAAAGCUUUUUUAUUUAUUUAUUUUUUUUUGGUGAUGAUUGUUGUUCAAUAUUUAUUCCAUUUUUUUGGGUCUUUUCUUUUCUUUUUUUUUUCUUUUUUUUUUUGGCUGAGUUUUUAAGGAAAAAAGAAGUGUUUUCCUGUAUGGAAAAAAAAAAUUCCCCCACGCCUCUCACUCAAAAUUAGUGGGUGAGUAGUAUGCAUUAAAAAAAAAGUAUACUGUGAGAGAAAAAAAAAACUAGUGGGGAAAAAAAACUGAAGGAAAAAAGAGUUAGAGAAAAAAGAAUGUGGAAAAAAGAUAGAGAGAAGAAAAUGUGGAAUCAAAGUUUUGGAAGAAAAAAAAAUAAUUGCAAUAAAAAAAAAAAUUGAAUAGUGGAGGGAAAGAGGGAAAACAUCGUCAAGGACUGAAAAAAAAAGACUGCGGAUGAAAAGAAAGCAAUGGACAAAGUUGGAACAAGAGAGCUGAGGGUUGUCCAGAAAAGGUGAGAGGAGCGAAUGUGAAACUGCCAAGUUUAUUUGUUUGCCUGAUUAAUUUAUGCAAUGAUUCAUUUUCAUGCUCAUGUUUUUUGUUUUGUUUUGUUUUGUUGUUUUUUUGUUCAUUGUCAUGUAUAUGUAAUCAUUUAAUAAAUAUGAAUUAAAAUUAAA